GCCUCUGGGAACCUCGGCUGUGGUGUGGGGGACGAUCGGUCCGGGCUUCGCCCUGGAGCAGCGGUGAUAGGGUCGGUCAACGGGCUGCCCGCGGUGGCGGAGCCCCGCCCCGGUGCUUGUCCCGCCCCUGUCCCAGCGUGCCCCGCCGGCGGUGAUGGCGGAGGGCAGCGGCAGCGGCGGGAGCGCCCGGGGGCCGCCGUGCCUCGGAGCAGUCUCGGCGUUCCGGCGGUGGGAGCAGCUGCGGCGGAGGGCUGCGACGCCCUGGGCCCGCGGGCUCCUUGCCGUGGCCGCCGGGCUCGGACUCUUGUACGCGGUGCUGCGGGUGCCAAUGCGACUCCGGGACGGCCUGGCGGCCGUGACUGUGUUCUUAAGCACUUUGACUCCAAAAUUCUACUUUGCCCUUACAGUAACUUCGUCUUUUAUAUCUGGACUGAUAUUUGUGUUUGAGUGGUGGCACUUCCGAAAAUAUGGCACAUCUUUCAUUGAGCAGGUUUCUGUGAGCCAUUUGAGGCCCCUCAUCGGAGGUGCAGAGAACAGCCCCCCAGCCCCAGCAGCUUUUUUGGCGGGGGAGAAUGAGACCAGCAGGCAGAACAUGCCAGAGUGCAAAGUGUGGCGAAAUCCUCUCAAUCUUUUCAGAGGGGCAGAGUAUAGCAGGUACAUGUGGGUGACUGGGAAGGAACCUCUUACUUACUAUGACAUGAAUUUGUCUGCUCAAGAUCAUCAGACCUUUUUCACAUGUGACACGGAUGCCCUUCGGCCUUCAGACACAGUUAUGCAGAAAGCGUGGCGAGAGAGGAACCCACAAGCCCGGAUUAAAGCAGCAUAUCAAGCUCUAGAGUUGAACAAUGAUUGUGCUACUGCAUAUGUCCUCCUGGCUGAGGAAGAAGCAACAACCAUUGUGGAUGCUGAGAAAUAUUUCAAGCAGGCUCUGAAAGCAGGAGAAAUGAUUUACAGAAAAUCUCAGAACUGCCAUUCUCAGAGCCCCCAGCACGAAGCACAGCUGAGAAGAGACACCAAUGUAUUGGUGUAUGUGAAAAGGAGACUGGCUAUGUGUGCCAGGAAACUUGGAAGAAUACGAGAAGCAGUAAAAAUGAUGAGAGAUUUGAUGAAAGAGUUUCCACUUCUCAGUAUGCUGAAUAUCCAUGAAAACCUCCUAGAGGCCCUUCUGGAGUUACAGGCUUAUGCAGAUGUCCAGGCAGUUUUAGCCAAGUAUGAUGAUAUCAGUCUUCCCAAAUCAGCAGCAAUAUGUUACACAGCAGCUCUGCUAAAAGCCAGAGCUGUUUCAGAAAGGUUCUCCCCAGAAACUGCCUCCAAGAGAGGGCUUAGUACAGCAGAAAUUAAUGCUGUGGAAGCAAUUCACAGAGCUGUGGAAUUUAACCCUCAUGUUCCAAAGUAUUUACUAGAAAUGAAGAGCCUAGUUCUGCCUCCAGAGCACAUUCUGAAGAGAGGGGACAGUGAGGCAGUAGCGUAUGCUUUUUUUCACCUCCAGCACUGGAAGAGGAUAGAAGGAGCUCUAAAUCUGCUGCACUGCACAUGGGAAGGCACGUUUAGGAUGAUCCCAUACCCAUUAGAGAAAGGACAUCUUUUCUAUCCCUACCCAAGCUGCACAGAGACAGCAGACAGAGAACUGUUGCCAACAUUUCAUGAAGUCUCCGUUUACCCCCAGAAGGAACUUCCCUUUUUCAUCCAUUUCACAGCAGGCCUGUGUUCCUUUUCAGCCAUGCUGGCCCUCCUUACCCACCAGUUCCCUGAGCUGAUGGUCAUUUUUGCGAAAGCUAUGGAGAAUGUGUUCAGUGGCCACAGUUCUGUCAUUUGAGUACCUUUUCAACAAUAGAAGUUGGACUCAUUGGUAAUAAUCUGUGAUGGUUUAAAUGUAUCUUAAAUAUAUCUGUUCCUGUGGGUGCCUUCUGUGCCUGUCUCUUCUCCCUCUCUACCUUGCUCUUUUUAGAGUUUCUUUCCCUUACUUAUUUGUUAGCAUCUGCUGUCAGUAACCUUGUCAUCUUUCCCUGGAUUCUGGAAGCUGAGAAACAAAGUGCAUAGGCAGCUUCCCACUCCAUCUUCUCAAACUACUCCAGACAGUAAGUUUGGCCUUUACUGAACUGUGGCUCUUGUGCAGUAGAGCAGAGUAGCAAAUAAAGAGCUCUGAACUCGUAAGGGAAUCAUUUAUUCUUGCUUUGCUAGUGGAAAUAGAGGCUAAAAGACUUUUGCAUCCUGACUGGUUUAAUGCAACACGUAAUGGAGACCCUGGAGGAAAGCCUUUCUUUUUGAGGAAUACUUCGUUCCUAUAAGUAUUUGCUGUACUAGUGAGCCCAGUCUAGUGUCCAAGUCAUGCAGGUCUGAGAGUGGGGCCCCAUUUCCACACAGUGGUGUUGAUCUUUAUGCUGGAAAAUGUAGUUGGACAUGCCAGCGACAAAUUUCAGUGCUGCUCAUAAUUGGCUGGGUUCAUAAUAACUAGGGGCUAACUAUCUGCUUGAUUAAUUCUGUAAGGGCUGCAUUAGCAAAGUUGUAUGAUUUCCAAAGAGAUACAAGGUCAAAUGUUAUGCUAACAAAGAAUUGCUUGGUGAAGUUCUCUCUGCUGGGUUUCUUGAACCACAAAAAAAAGACUUUGUACGAUUGAGUUGGCUUUGCAGUUGGGAUGUCCAGUGACAUGUCCAAGUGUGGGGAAAAACCCUCCCAGGGUUUAGUCAUUUGGCAAUGUGUUUAUUUUGUUCAUUUUCUUUAGGAAAAGAUGGAUAGUGUCUGUUCAGCUGGAAAAAUAGAUUAUCAAGAAGAGAGUGCGCAUUGCCACAACAUUCCCCCAACCAAAUCAUUGGUAGCAGGCACAGACAAAGGGUCCCUUGACACUCUGUGGCAGUUUAUUACAGCAAAAGUUGAAAUUGUGUACUGAGAUCAUCAGACAAGAGGGGAAUUCUGUAUUACUCUCGAGAUUGACACCUGAGAAGGAAAUACCAACUUCCAGUAUUCUGCUAUUUUAGCUGGAAUCAAUGUUGACUCUCAAUCAUACUCUAAUGAUAAAAAUUCUUCCAUAUUUUACUUAUUAGAUGAUUGUACUUAUGAUUCCAUUCCUGAUGGUUUCAGAGGGAUUCAGAAGACUUGUAAGAAAAAAUGAUACUCAACAUCAAAGUAACAUUUCUGUUUGUAUUGCUCACAACAGGAGUGUUGCAACUGGAUGACUUCUAUGGUUCCUUCCAACCCAAACCAUUCUGUGAUUCUGUGUUUUAGUUAAUAGAUUGCUUCAAUAGUUUAACUACAGAUAAUGAUGUGAUGGCUGCUAACACUUUAUACAUACCCUCUUGUUUUCUGGAGGUCUGUAACAGUAGCGUCUACUUGAAUUUUCAUCCCCAAAAUGGAAGAUUAUCUUCUAUUUAAUGAUUAUCUUCUAUAAUACCAGCCUUUCCUCUCAAGCAUACUGUAAUAAAGCAAUUGUUAUUUACUAUAUUGAGCAUUAUAUCUUCAAGUAAUUCUGAUGCUUUAAGCUUUUAAAAUUAUUUUUUCCUAUGUAUUUCAUUACUCCAAGUAUUUUUCAUCUUACUGUUUUUUAAUUUAUUAAAUAUAGUACUUUGAGAUAA